UAAAAACAGAAAAACAAAAACCAAAAAGAAAAUAAGAAUCGGUCGGACUCAAUAUCCCCUUCUUCCCUCUCAAAGGCUCCGGACCAGAGGCUCACGUCGACUUCUGAACUCAACCGCUAAAACCCAAUUCAUCAGUUCCCAUACUUGUGUCAAUAUAAUCCGUAAGCAUCUUCCUUCUCCAUCCAUCUUCUCUGUUGGGCCAUUUCUAGCUUCUUUUCUGUCCAAUUCGUUAACUCUGCUUUCAAAUAACCAGGUUCAGCUUCUGACCAUUUAGAAACUACAAAGGGUCUCUUAGAUACAAGUAUUCCUUCGCUUUUGCUUCCUUCUCCUAUUUCAGACAAUGAUUCUCCCCGCCUGCACGGCAACCCCAAUUCAACUUCCCAAACAACACCCACUCACCACUACUCCACACCCAUCUCAGUCCACCUCUCCCAAUCCAAAACAUGACAAAAAACACUCGGUUUCGCUGAAAAACAGGAAUGAACAUAUGGACCAAACUGUGUUAUGGACCUCUUCUAUAUCCCAACGCUGCCGAAGUGGUCAGCUGUCUCAAGCUGUUUCACAGUUCAUCCAAAUGAGACAAGCCGGGGUCGAACCAAACCACAUCACAUUCGUUACACUCUUCUCCGGCUGUGCUCACUUUCCAGCUAAAGCACCAUUGUUUGGGGCCUCGCUUCAUGCUUAUGCGUCUAAAUUGGGCUUAGAUAGGACUAAUGUGAUGGUGGGGACAGCACUAGUUGAUAUGUAUGCAAAGUCUGGUCGGGUGGAGCUUGCUAGAUUGGUUUUUGGUGGGAUGGAGGUGAAGAAUUCAAUGUCUUGGAAUACUAUGAUUGAUGGGUAUAUGAGAAAUGGAAAUGUGAGGGAUGCAGUUGAGGUGUUUGAUGAAAUGCCUGAGAGAGAUGCUGUUUCGUGGACCGCUUUGAUUGGUGGGUUUGUGAAGAGACGCCGGUUUGAGCAAGCGCUGGAGUGGUUUCGUGAGAUGCAGGUGUCCGGUGUGGAACCGGACUAUGUGACUAUAAUUGCUGUGAUUGCUGCUUGUGCUGAUUUGGGAACUCUUGGUUUAGGCUUCUGGAUAAACCGGUUUGUUAUGAAGCAAGACUUUAGACACAAUAUUCGGAUAAGUAACUCGUUGAUUGAUAUGUAUUCCCGAUGCGGAUGUAUUGAUUUUGCUAGGCAAGUGUUUGACAACAUGCCUGAUCGGACCUUGGUUUCAUGGAACUCUAUGAUUGUGGGUUUUGCCGUGAAUGGGCAUGCAGAGGAAGCUCUUGUGUUCUUCAACCUGAUGCAGAAGGAAGGGUUCAAGCCGGACGGUGUCAGCUUCACUGGGGCUCUUACUGCAUGCAGCCAUGCUGGUUUAGUCGAUGAGGGGCUACGUUUCUUUGAUAACAUGAAGAGAAUACACAAAAUAACCCCGAGAAUUGAGCAUUAUGGCUGCAUAGUUGAUCUCUAUAGCCGUGCAGGGAGGCUGGAAGAUGCCUUGAAUGUAAUAGAGAACAUGGCGAUGAAGCCAAAUGAAGUUGUUUUGGGUUCUUUGCUAGCUGCUUGUAGAACUAGUGGAAAUAUCAACUUAGCCGAAAGACUGAUGAAGUACCUGUUCGAGUUGGAUCCUGGUGUUGAUUCGAAUUAUGUGCUACUUGCCAACAUAUAUGCAGCAGAUGGUAGGUGGGAUGGUGCAAACAAGGUUAGAAAAACUAUGAAAGACCUCGGAAUCCAGAAGGUGCCAGGAUUUAGUUCAGUUGAGAUUGACUGUGAUAUUCAUGAAUUUGUGGCCGGUGAUAAAUCCCAUGUUGAUGCAGAGUAUAUAUAUUCAACACUAGAGCUUCUAUCUUUUGAGCUCAAAUUAUGUGGGUAUGUUCCUGAACACAUUAUAAGGGAAUAAUACGAGCAUGACUAACACUUCUGGUAAUCUUGCAUAGUAAGAAGAAAUAUCCAAUACACUUCAUGAAUUGCAAGUUAGCUGGCCAGACUUACAUACACCAAUAUUUUAAAUCUUGUAAUAUUCUUCGGGGUGAUUACUUAUACGCAAAAGCUUUGGAUUUUGAGUUGGUUAAACUGAUGGGGAGAGCUCUGUUGAAAGAGCUUUCAGAGAUAUUUGGAUACCUUGCACCUGAAUACAAGAAGGAAAAAUGGUUGAAUGUAGAGACUGAACACCACAGUAUAGAGCAAGUCUACAGUCAUUCAACGAGAAGAUGAAAACCUACAAAGGGAUGAUCAGUCUAGAUGUAAUGUUGAGGUUGAAUAGGACACCAUUCUGGGAGAUCAUUUAUGUCUUCCAUCACGGACUUUUAAAAGACUGAGAAUGCAGAAAAGUAGAUGAGGACAUUCUGAGAAUGGUCAAGACAUACGACAUCAAUCAAAAAGGGUUUCUGCUUGGGGAAAGGAUACUGAAAAUAACCCGUGAAGAUGUAGCUAUCUGCCUUGGAAUGCGAUUGGAAUGAGUCACAUUCGAGCUAAACAAGCACCACCAGAAGCCAACGAAGAAUCGCAUCAUCGACAAGUAUUUUGGAGAUGCAAAGAAAGUGACAAAAGCGAUGGUUGAUAGUGCACUUGCCAAAUCUUUGAAAGACCCAAGCAAUCAAGACGCAAGUGAGGUGGCAUCGCUAAUUGUCAUGAGUCUGUUCUUAUCCUUCUUGUUCUGCACCUCAGGUUAUACAUUGUCCUAGAAGUUGGUAUAAAUUUGCACUUAAUGGAAUUCUUGGUGGCGAUAUUCAUGGGCAACCUUAGUACUAGACCACCUACACAAUGGUCUAAGUAACAAGCAGGAAGACAAAGAUGUCAAUUUGUCAGGUUGUUUGCUGCUAAUCAUGUAUUGGUUAGCUGAGAAGACAAAGAUGGGGAGGAGCAAUCAAGAGAAAUGAAUUAGGGUCGCCAAAUUUCAUAAGAUGGUCACUCAUCGAGCUGCACAAAGAAAUGGAGAAACUAACCAACGAGCAGACAGAGGAAAUGUUUGAUCGAAAGCUGACAGAGAAAGACUUGGAAGUGGAAAUGAAUGACAUGAGAGGAAGAAACAGAGGAGUGGCAUCAGAUGAAGAGCUGAGGGAGGAAGACUUUGUAACUCCAACUUUUGGAGAUUGGCACCAAAAAACCACCCAAGAACGGCGAAAAGAAGAAGCAGAAAGUCAGAAGAGAAUGAAGGACUUAAUAGGCUCGUUGGAAGAAGCAACAACUCAAACGAGUCUCUCACAAGAAGAAAACCAGAAAACUCAAGACUUGUUGAAGAAGUUAACCGAAGAGAAUGAAAAGCUAGCAAGACAGAAUGAUAGAUAUUGGGAGAUGUUGUACAAAUUCUUUGAGGAAGACAAUAUAGCAACAAGGAAGAUACAGAUCUUGUAGACAAAUUGACAUCGUUGUCUUCCUGCUUCUUACUUAGACCAUUGUGUAGGUGGUCUAGUACUAAGGUUGCCCAUGAAUAUCGUCGCCAAGAAUUCCAUUCGGUGCAAAUUUCUACCAACUUCCAGGACAAUGUAUAACCUGAGGUGCAGAACAAGAAGGAUACGAACAGACUCAUGACAAUUAGUGAUGCCAACUCACUUGCGACUUGAUUCCUUGGGUCU